UUCAAAGCGUCCUCGGUCGCAAAAAAAGGACGAGAGACAAGCCACCCAGGACACACCCAGGACCCGGGAGAGGUACACCUCAGUGGAGUGCAACAAGUCCUCAUUACUACCAUUCGCGCAACUGAUCUCGCCCUUGGUCUCCGAUGGAUUCCUGCUGGGUUCCUUGCAAUGGUCAAGGCUGACGGUGCUGAAUACCAGACAAGCAGCAAGCCUGUAAACGUAGACCAGGCUGUCGUCGAAUGGCACGAGCGCAUUCUUCUGCCAUGCGAGUCAUCCUCUAAAGUUCGGGUCAGCGUGUAUGCCUCAUUUGAAUCGAGUCCCAUGCUCUGUCACGGAGAACUCCUCCGCACAUUCGAGAUCUCUGUCGGAGAAUUACUGGAUCGCAGCGAAAAAUCUCGUUCCAUAAUCUUUCAGCCAAAGCAAGGGGAAGUCGUAUCCGCUUGCACAUCACUGUUCAUAACAGUGGAGCAGCGAUUUUCUGAUGAAAAUGAUGCCGGAGUUCUUUGCCCCUUUACUACUCGUACAUCCUGCGAUAUGGAUGCGUUAGCACUAAGGACGGAUGCCGGACAUGGUCUUCUCGCACGGUACCGCAGGAUGCAGAACAGUGGUGAUCUCGAACAAUCCAUAAUCCACUUUGAACGCGCAUUAGAUCUCUGUCCCAUGGACCAUCCCUACCGCCUCGCAGCACUGUCUAAUCUAGCCACCGCAAAGUUUAUUAGUUGCCAAGCUAACAAAGGAUACCUCGACCUCGGUAUCCCCAUCUCCCUCUUUCAAGACGCGCUUGAUUUGCGUGCUACUGGUCAUCCAGACCGACCCAUCACCCAACUCCAUUUUGCCAUUGCUUUGUUGUCUCGUUUUGCACAAGGGGGAUUUCAAACAGAUGCCGACAUGGCUGAAGAGUUACUCAGCGAGGUCCUCAAUGUCUGUCACCCAAACAGCCACGCUCACAGAGCAGCUUUGAUCGCAAUCGAAGCAUCUGCUCAGCAUUCUCCUCGAAGCAUGGAUACAAAUGAUCUUGAGCACGAGCGGUCCGCCGUAUCCACGUUUCCGUUAUCGCCGAGCCAACUUCUUGAUGGAGCAAAGUGGUGUGUGGAGAGAGACGAACCCCGUGCCUUAGAUGAAGUGAUAUCCCUUCAUUAUGAUGCACUGGGAUAUUACAACGCCGGGCAUCCUUACCGAGGGCAAUUGCUAGGUAAUCUGGCUAAACUACUGCACAUCCGCUUCCAGCGUCGAGGCAACGACGAAGACUUGGAUCAGGGUAUCGCACUUCUGCAGGAAGUGCUGCCCUUGUUCCCGGUCGGUGACGAAGAGCGGUCUGUGGCAUUAGGGAACCUUGCGGGUCAACUCUCUACCCGCUUUGACCGCCGAGGCAACGACGAAGACUUAGAUCGGGCUAUCGGACUUUACAACGAAGCACUGGCCAUGCGCCCGGUCGAUCCCACAGAGUGGUGUGCGUCAUUAAAUAACCUUGCGGUUCAACUCUCCACCCGCUUUUACCACCGAGGCAACGAUGAAGACUUGGAUCAGGCUAUCGGACUUUACAAGGAAGCGCUGGCCAUGCGCCCGGUCGGUCACACAGAUCGGUCUUCGCUAUUAAACAACCUUGCCAAUCAACUCUCCACCCGCUUUGACCACCGAGGCAACGAUGAAGACUUGGAUCAGGCUAUCGCACUUCACAGUGAAGUGUUGGCCUUGCGCCCGGUCGGUCACACGGAUCGGCCCAAGUCAUUACAGAACCUUGCCACUCAACUCUCCAAACGCUUUGACCACCGAGGCAACGAUGAAGACUUGGAUCAGGCUAUCAGGCUUCAGAAGGCAGUUCUGACCUUGCACCCGGUCGGUCACACAAAUCGGUCCAGAUCAUUAACUAGCCUCGCGAAUCAUCUCUCCACCCGCUUUCACCACCGAGGCAACGAUAAAGACUUGGAUCAGAGUAUCAUGUUUGACAGUGAGGCGCUGGCCUUGCGCCCUAUCGGCCACACAGAUCGUUACGUGUCAUUACACAACCUCGCGACUCAACUUUCCACCCGCUUCGAUCGUCGAGGCAAUGACGAAGACUUGGAUCAGGCUAUCGCACUUCAAAGGGAGGCACUGGCCUUAUGCCCGGUCGCUCACACAGAUCGGCCUGCGGCAUCAAAUAGCCUUGCGAAUAGACUCUCCACCCGCUUUAACCACCGAGGCAAUGACGAAGAUUUGGAUCAGGCUAUUGGACUUCUCAGGGAGGCGCUGUCCUUGCGCCCAGUCGGUCAUACAGAUCGGCCCAAGUCAUUCAUUAGCCUUGCGAAUACACUUUCCACCCGCUUUCACUACCGAGGCGACGACGAAGAUUUGGAUCAGGCCAUUAGACUUCUCAGGGAAGCGCUAGCCUUGCUCCCAGUCAGUCAUACAGAUCGGUCUGAGGCAUUACAUUCCUUUGCGAGUAUACUCUCCACCCGCUUUGACCACCGAGGCAACAGUGAAGACUUGGAUGAGGCUAUCGCACUUCAGACGGAAGCGCUGGCCUUGCACCCAGUCGGUCACGUAGUUCGGUCCAAGUCAUUAAAUAACCUAGCGGCUCACCUCUCUACCCGCUUUGACCACCGAGGCAACGACGAAGACUUAGACCAGGCUAUCUCACUGUAUCGGGAAGCGCUGGCCUUGCAUCCGGUCGGUCACACAGAUCGGUCCGCGUCGUUAAGUAACCUUGCCAUUCAACUCUCCAUCCGCUUUAAGCACCGAGGCAGUGACGAAGAUUUGGAACAGGCUAUCGCACUCCACAGGGAGGCGCUGGCCUUGCGCCCGGUCGGUCAUACAGAUCGGCCCUCGUCGUUGCAUAACCUUGCGGCUCACCUCUCCAUCCGCUUUGAGCACCAACACAACAGAGAAGACCUCGAGGAGUCACGAGACAGCCUAGUCUGUGCAUUGUCUCUGUUGACGCAACAUGAUCCUCGUCAAUUACUAGUCCAUAACAUGCUAGCUAAUGUCUAUCUGUUGUUCCAUCAAUCAGGACUUGAUGGCACCAGCGCAGGUGAAGAUAUGGACAGUCUCGAUGCUUCUAUGCAUCAUCGCAAGGCAGCAGCAAAUGUUGCCUCUGGACGCUUGCUAUCCCGCCUGCAAAAAAGUCUCAUCUGGGUUAGGGAUGCCCGUCAACAUUCACAUGACACUGAACUGGAGGCAUAUGCAACUUCCAUGCAACUUCUGGACGCUUACACAUCUACAACAGCUUCAGUAUCGUCUCGUCACAAUAUCAUGAAGGAAUUUCCAAGCACACUUGCAGCUGAUGCUGCAUCGUGUGCUCUUCUUAUCGGUGAUGUAUGUCGGGCUGUUGAGUUGUUGGAACAAGGCAGGACCAUCAUCUGGACCCAGACGACACGACUCCGCACCCCACUUGACAGCCUCCAGAACCACAGUGAUCAUGCAGCGGCCCUCACCAAGAGAUUCAGAGACCUUAGCUCUCGCCUCGAUAAACCUCCUGCGAACUAUCCUGAAGCAACCCCAAAAGUCAAUGUAGACGCAGAAGAGACCCGGCACAGACGUCUAGUGGCCGACUGGAAUAAAGCUGUAGACGAGAUCCGGACGAUCGAGGGCUUCUCUCGCUUCCUCCUUCCUCCCCUAUUCUCCGAUCUUCAAGAUGCAGCUCGUGAUGGGCCUAUCAUCGUGCUCAUCGCAAGCCAGUCGUCUUGCCAUUCCAUUAUUAUUCCACACAAGCAACCUCCGACUAGCAUCCAACUCUCUACCAGCGUUGAGAAGCUCCAGAUAUUGGUGGACAAACUCCAUCGCACAGAUAGUCCGGCGCUCAAAAAAGCCUUGAUGGAGUUGUGGGAUGACGUCGUCCACCCAGUGGUCGAGAAUUUGGAUGGAAUUGCACCACGAGGUUCUCGAAUAUGGUGGUGCCUGACAUCUGUCUUCAAUUUCUUGCCGUUGCACGCCGCUGGCGAGUACAGGAAAAAUGGGCAGUUUCUUUCACAGCUCUACAUCUCUUCAUACACGCCAUCGCUCACCGCGCUGAUCAAGGCUCGCAGAAGUCAUGAAAGGUCCCCGUCAGCACCCUUCGUUGCCAUUGGUCAGAAUCGCCCGGCCGGUGCCUCAUUCACUUUGGAUGCCGUGGAGCCUGAGCUGGAAUUGGUGCGGAAACUUUUGCCCCCUUCCCCAACUGUCUCCUUCUCCAAGAUCACCAGCGUUGAUGCCACGAAAUCGAGAGCACUGUGCGCAUUGCGAGACAAUAGUUGGCUUCAUCUUGCGUGUCAUGGGACGCAGAACAUUGCGGAACCCUUCAAAUCGGCCUUUCUUAUGCGCGACGAGCCGCUUUCGCUCCUAGACAUCACACAAACAGAUCUGUCUCAGCAUCAAUUCGCAUUUCUUUCUGCCUGUGAAACCGCAGUGGGCGACCAUUAUACUCCUGAUGAAGUGAUACACCUAGCGGCUGGCCUGCAAUUUGCCGGGGUUAAGAGCGUCAUUGGGACAUUGUGGAAGGUCAACGAUAGUACUGUGCACCGCUUAGUCGAGGCGUUCUACAAAAACCUUUGUGGGAAUGGCACAAUGAACUCUAAACGAGCUGCCCGGGCGCUACAUUCAGCGGUCCUGUCGUUGGCUCGUGACAAGGAUAAUCCAUUACCCUUGGAUCAGCGCAUAUUGUUCGUGCAUAUUGGCAUAUGAUCAAUUCCCAUCCAGUUAUGGUCACACGCGACCUGAUGCCAAGGACUUUGAUUUUCCAGACUUUGAGAUAUACCUACGCGAUAUGUACACCCGAUUUCGACUUCAAUUUGUAUUUUCCAGUUUGUUGCCUCGACAUCAGAGGUGAUCGUUUCUAAGGUGCGACUGGUGAUUGUGGGUAAGAUUGAAGUCGCACAACACUGAUCUGGCACAACACCUCGUGGGGCAUGACACAAUUUGCGAUGAAGGUGGUAGUUGAAUUCUGAGUGUCUGAACUGCG